CCAUUCUAUUUUCUAAAAAAAACGAUUUUAUCGCGAACGAAGUCGCGGGCGUCCGCUACUAAAUAAUGUUACGAAAGACAUGGCCUAGUAGCUUAGUACCUGGCAGCUGAUACUGUAGUACGUAUUAUCGUCAGGUUUCACUAUUAUUUGUCGUGGACUCGUCAGUAGUCAUUUCAUUGUAAAUUGUCUGUUAAACCAUAAUAAACUGCAAGGUCGUGACGCGUAGUGGGGAUCGGCACAUGACGAUUUUACAAUUGCACUUAGUAAGUUAGUUUUCAGUUAAGAGCGUAUAGGGAUCGCUAAGUUACUCGUAACUCAACCGGCGAUACAGUUGGCGAAAGUGAAAAUGCUUUUCCAAUCAAAGAAACUUUGAAGUUAUUAGUUUUUAUCAUAUUAUAAAAUUGUGGGAGUUGAUGGAAUAAAGACAUUUUUGUGAUCGGAAAUUUAUUUUUAAGUUGAUUUCGUUUAUUUAUUCAGUUGUCUUGUGUUACAGCUGCUUUUGUUACGUUCAUAUUGUCAAGUGUUCUCUACAUUUUGUAUAGAGAAAUGAUCUUAAGUUUUACGUUUUUAAUCUCGUAAAAUAGACAAUUAUUUUAACUUUUUAAUAUAUUUUAGUAACACGUUAAACACGUUAAAUUAAAGAAACAGUGUCGUAAAAUGUGUAUCUACCGUACUUUUGCGUAUAAGUGCUAACUCAAUUUAUCAAGAGUGGUGACUGAUUAGCCGGUGUGUUACAAAAAUGAUGCCAUUUUGCAUCGUCGUGCUGUUAACAACGUUAUCAUUAGCAUUAUAUAGCGAAUGCAAAUGUGUCCCACCCGAGUCGCAGACGUUUGUGCGAUGGUCGGGAAUGUCCCCCGAGCAGGCUACGCCGGUGUUCGUGUACUCCGCCAGUGGGGACGAGGAGUCCCUGACAGGGGCCUGCCUGACCCAGUGCAGGGACCUCCCCGACUGUGCGGCGGUGGUCGUCGCCUACGGCAAAGGGAGCUGCCAAGGAGUCGCCAGCGUACAUUCGACGCACUUCCGUGCUGACAAUGACAUGGUUUAUUUUAAUAAAGUUUGUCUAAAACUUCCUGACACCUGCAGUAAGCGAUGGUGGUCUCUGGAGAGCACUCUGGGAUAUUACCUAAACUCUGAAGAUGUGCACACGAAACUGCUGCUAAACACGACCGUCCAACAGUGCUACGAUGCUGUAUUUUCUACCAGUGAGAAACUUUACCGAUCAGCACAGUGGAUAGACCCGAGGAGUCCUUUAGACACAUUUGCUCUCUCAGACACUGCUGUCGGGAACUGUAUCCUGAAUACUGAGAGCAAGUUCACAGAGCCCGAGUCGUACCGCGUGUCGAACUAUUACACGUUCUACAUUGAGAACCAGUGUGGCCAUGACUACUCCAAAAAGAUUGACAGAUGUUCAUACGAAGAAUACUACAAUCAAACUGUUAAACACGUUGAUUUGACUAUUCGCAAUUACACCAAAACUGAAUGUAAAUCUGCAUGCGAGGCCGAGAAUCGGUUCGUGUGUCGGGGGUUUACUUGGACAGCGACGCCAUCGCGCGGACUCUGUGACUUGCACAGCGAAGAUCUGGUCACUGCUGGCUCUUGGCUGCUGCGUAGAGUGACCGGCGCCACGUACUACCGCCGAGUUAUAUGUCUUAACAUAAGCGUAGAGUGCGAGGGCUCGCACCUGGUGGUGACGUACAAGCCGCGCGGCGCCUUCCGUGGUCGAGUGUACGUGCCCGCGCGCGGCGAGCGCUGCAGUGCGCGCGCGCUCACGCCCACAUCGCCCGUGCGCCUCGCGCUGCCCAUGUACGGCGACUGCGACGUCAACUUUGCCUACGCGAUCACCAAGGGACCGAAUGGAAAUGUUAACAGAACAAUGGCGUACGUGAUGCUCAUGAUCCAGAACAACCCUAUCAUCCAGACGGCUGGGGACCGCUGGGUGCGGGUGGGUUGUUCGCCAGGUGCCGGCGCCAGGGGAUAUGCUCGGGUGGACGCAAGCGUCGCGGUGCAGGACUCUAAUCGGCCGUCUCUAGCGAGCGAGCCGUCAGUGGCGGCGGGCGGGCAAGGCGCCAGCGCGGUGUUCGACAGCAACACGGCUCCGCUGACCAUGUACGUGGUGCGCGCGCACGGGGACGCGGGCGGCGCGGCGACCGUGUCGCUCGGCGAGCUGCUGGAACUGCGCAUUGAAACAACUGAAGAAGACUCUGAAAUAGAAGCGUACCACAUGGUGGCGUCCUCUAGAAUGGGCGACAGUUCAGUCCUGCUACUGGACAGCAGAGGUUGUCCUACUGGUCAGGUGGACUUUCCGCCGUUCACGAGAUCUCGUCUGGGCGGCACGCAGCGUCUGUCGGCGAAGUUCAAAGCGUUUCGCUUCCCAACCUCUCAUGUGAUUCGGUUCGCUGUCAUGGUCCGCUUCUGCGAGGAGAAAUGUCUACCGAUCGUUUGCGGAAAUAUGGACCAGUUAAGAAAUGCUAGAAAUGUAAAUGACACGUAUUCGUACGAUGUACCGAACGCUAAAAUCACGGAGACUGUCAACUAUGAUGUGGCCUGGGCACCUCAAGUGGUGGCGCAAGGUGGUAGAGCGGAUUGCUCAGGUGGCGAAGGCCGAGUGCCCCUCGAGCUGGAGAUGGUAGUGGGUUCACGAGACAUUCUCUCCGCAGACACGCUCGUGCGGGCCGACCAUCGCUCAGCGCUGCCUGAGGAGGCCCCUACCCAUGCGAAUGACAGUGCCAUGGUGUGCAUCCAUGAGCUUCUCCUGGUGGCGCUGGUGCUCAUAUGGCUUGCAGUGCAGAUACUGCUGCUGCUUGGUUGCUGCGUACUGGUCAAGAGAUAUCGAAACUUGGCCGAAAUGAACAUGCACAAGGACUAUCAGUCGUUCGACAACGUCGGCUUCGACACGGUGUCCACUCACCGGCGCGUGCACUGGCCGGACCAAAACAUUGACAUCAUUCACGCUAACUGACCAAAGUGUUCAAUUUCAUUUUAUUUAUUUAUUUAAGUAAUUUAGAUAAUUUUAAUUAAAGUCUUUUUACUUUC